CUUCGCGCAGGCGCAGGCAGGGCGAGGAGGGGGGUCCGGAGUGCAAUUGCGGCGGCCGUACCGGCGCCGCUCGCCGUUCGCAGCGGGGCGGCGGGGAUGAGCCUCCGCCCGGCCCCGUUCAGGACACGCGGGCAGAGCGGCGCCGCACGCCAGGCCGGGCCCCUCGCAGCCCGCUCGCCGCCGCCAGCCCGGAGCGGAGCCGCCGCGGAGCUCGACGAGCGGCGCUGAGCGGAGCCGCCCGCUCGGGCCCUGUCGGGCGGCGGGAGCCGUCGGGGCGGCCAGGCCCUCGCUCCCCCCGCGGCGGUUGGUCGCUGUAGGGGGGCCGCGGCCCGGCGACCGCGGGGAGGAUGGUGAGGCCGGUGACGGCUCCUGCGCCGGGCCGAGAGGCGACGGAACCGAGGCGGGCCCGGGCCGGCCCCCGCCGGGGCUGAGGGGCUGCCGGGGCGCCCCUUAGCGCGGCCGUGAGCGGCAGGAUGAGCGCUCCCUCCCUGCUGCCCCUGGCCGGGCGCAGGCUGCCCGCCCUCAACCUGGGCGCGUCGUCCUUCCCGCACCACAGGGCUACCCUGAGACUGUCGGAGAAAUUCAUCUUGCUCCUUAUCCUGAGUGCCUUCAUCACGCUGUGCUUCGGGGCGUUCUUCUUCCUGCCGGACUCGUCGAAGCACAAACGCUUUGACCUGGGGCUGGAGGACGUGCUCAUCCCUCACGUGGACACCAGCAAGGGGGGCAAGCACUUGGGAGGCUUCUUGAUCCACGGGCAGGGACACGACGAGCACCGGCACAGAGAAGAAGAGGAACGUCUGAGAAACAAGAUCCGAGCAGAUCAUGAAAAGGCCCUGGAAGAGGCAAAGGAGAAACUGAAAAAAUCGCGUGAUGAGAUUCAAGCUGAAAUUCAGACUGAAAAGAACAAAGUCGUGCAAGAAUUGAAGAAGAAAGACAGCAAGCCACUACCCCUUGUUCCUUUACCAAACCUUAUAGGGAUAAAUGGUGGAGAACCAGCAGACCCGGAUAUUCGAGAAAAGAGGAACAAAAUUAAAGAGAUGAUGAAGCAUGCCUGGGACAAUUACAGGCAAUAUGGCUGGGGACACAAUGAGCUCAAACCAAUUGCUAGGAAGGGACAUUCCACCAACAUAUUUGGAAACUCACAAAUGGGUGCUACUAUAGUAGAUGCACUGGACACUCUUUAUAUAAUGGGGCUUCAUGAUGAAUUCCGAGAAGGACAAGAGUGGAUUGACAAGAAUCUUGAUUUCAGUGUGAACUCUGAAGUAUCUGUUUUUGAGGUCAAUAUUCGCUUCAUUGGAGGCCUUCUAGCAGCGUACUACCUUUCAGGCCAAGAGGUUUUCAAGAUCAAAGCAGUGCAGCUGGCAGGAAAACUUCUUCCAGCCUUCAACACGCCUACGGGUAUACCAUGGGCAAUGGUAAAUCUGAAAAGCGGUGUGGGUCGGAACUGGGGCUGGGCUUCUGCAGGCAGCAGCAUCCUUGCUGAAUUUGGUACUCUACAUAUGGAAUUUGUCCACCUCAGCUAUUUAACAGGGGAUCCAGUAUAUUACAACAAGGUCAUGCACAUUCGGAAGUUACUGCAAAAAAUGGAUCGUCCUAAUGGACUUUAUCCAAAUUAUUUGAACCCGAGAACAGGCCGGUGGGGUCAGCAUCACACAUCUGUGGGCGGGCUGGGAGACAGUUUUUAUGAAUAUUUAUUGAAAGCCUGGCUUAUGUCAGACAAAACGGACACAGAAGCAAGAAAAAUGUACGACGAUGCCAUUGAGGCCAUAGAAAAACACCUCAUCAGAAAGUCCAAUGGAGGACUGACCUUCAUCGGGGAGUGGAAGAAUGGGCACCUUGAGAGAAAGAUGGGCCAUUUGACCUGUUUUGCGGGGGGAAUGUUUGCCCUUGGAGCAGAUGGUUCCCGAGAUGACAAAGCUGGACAUUACUUGCAGCUUGGGGCUGAAAUUGCACAUACUUGUCAUGAGUCAUAUGACAGAACAACAUUAAAACUGGGUCCAGAAGCAUUCAAAUUUGAUGGUGGUGUAGAGGCAGUGGCAGUGCGUCAGAAUGAGAAGUAUUAUAUCCUAAGACCGGAGGUGAUUGAGACCUACUGGUAUAUGUGGAGAUUCACGCAUGAUCCCAAGUACAGGCAGUGGGGCUGGGAGGCUACACAGGCGAUCGACAAAUAUUGCCGAGUUAGUGGUGGCUUCUCUGGUGUCAAGGAUGUCUAUUCCUCAUCUCCUACAUAUGACGACGUACAGCAGAGCUUUUUCCUUGCUGAAACAUUGAAGUAUUUGUAUCUGCUUUUCUCCAACGAUGACCUUCUCCCAUUAGACAACUGGGUUUUUAACACAGAAGCGCAUCCCCUGCCUGUUUUACAUUUAGCAAACACCACACUUUCAGGAAAUCCUGCUUAUCGAUAAAAUCAGCUCUAAGAAGAGGAAGAGAGACUUUUCAGCUCUGUUUUGUUUACAUGGAUCACUUGAGACUUUAAGCAGGAGUGGAGACGGACACUUGAUAAAUCUUGACGUCUGAGUCAAGUACGGGCGUGAGAAGCAAAGCUCUUCAACAUAUAGAUAAAUAAAACUGAAACAAAGUUCUGUUUUAUAUAUGACCAAAACACGAGUGUGGUAUUUGCAGGACAGAGACUUCAAGUGCUUUGAACCCAAGCAAGAAAUGGAAUCUGCUGUCUGAAAUAAACGCAACAUUGUGAGGAAGAAGAGGCUUUCCUGUUUAGGGACAGGGACUUGCAGCUGCUGCUGUAGGCUGUUGCAAGGCACAGCGCACCAGUCAUCUCUUCAGACCGGGUGGGUUCUAAAUACUUUGAUUUUUAUUUUUUUUUCUUCUUUUUCUUUUUGUUUGAUGAUGGCAUGAUCAAAGAAACAACAAAAAGCAACAUCACUGCACCAGCAGCGUCAGGAUUUGGAAUUGUUUUCUGUACCUGUCUGAAUUUUCUAAGGAGCAUCAGUUUGCCCAGACUGGCAGCCAUUCUUGGGGCCUUCAAAGUAUUAAAACUAAACUAUAAAAGCUAUUACUUGCUCAUUUUCCCUUUUCAGGGCAGUGUUGAAAGUUUUGUGUUGCAUGCUCACACUCAAAAAAGCAGUGAAUUAGCAUUUGGUUUGUAAUUCACUGUCAACAGCAAAGGCUUAGCUCAUUUCGCAGGUUGUGGUUCGAGUGUGGAGCAUAACACUGAGGUGGGAUAAGAGCCUAAGCUUUCCUUCUUCAUAAAUCCCAUCAUGUGGAAAGUCCCCAUUCUCUUGUUUUUCUUUUUUCUUCUAGCCAAAUUUACAGAGAUAAAACUUGAGAAAAGCAGUCUCAUAAUUUAUAUAGCAAGGAAUAGAAUAUGGCAUUUUAAAAUGCUCCCCUUCAGCUAAGCAGCAGGAGCUUCUUGUUUUAUGUUUUUCCACACAAUCUGGAUUUUUCCUAAAAAAUAAUUUCACUCUUUGGAUAAUAUUCGCAGACUCUUAUUUGCAGGCUUGAAAUCCUGUCUUAUCAUAUUUCUGUGUAUGACAGAAUCCAAAAACUGCCUUUGAUUUAGUUUAGAAAACUCCUUUUCAUUUGCGUGGCCUGCAAUAAUGCAAAGCCAAAAUGAUCGUCUUUGGAAACAACAUCACAUCUCUUAGACAUGAGUGGAAAAAGAAACUACGGAUUCUCUUCAAUUAGUUGAUAAGAAAUGAGGUGCUGUUUCCUUUUUUGUUGUUGUUGUUCCUUGAGUACUCAAAGGCUGGAAUAGUUCAGAUACUUUGAAAUUGGGCUGGGCAGUAUCAGCUGAGUGCCUCAUUCUUCACCAUUUUUGAUGAAAGAAAUAGAGCCAAACUCAAGGGGGUGGAAGAAUUGCCUUUAGUGAACUACAGCGGUGCAGCACCAUGUCUAAAGGGACUGAGUGCUCUCUCCUCCUCAAGAAUAUUUAUAUAUGAAAUUUCAUAUGUAAAAACCUUUUCCCAAUAACACAUUAUAAUUUUUCUGACUAUACAAUGAAAUAGGAUUUCCUACAGUAUUUUAUCUUUUUUUUUAUCUAUUUUAUCCUCCUUGACAGCAAUUUACACAUAGCAUUUUUUCCUAGGUCAUGUGAUUAUUUCCAUCAGACUACAUCCUCCAGACUGUCACUUUAGUUUUAGAGGAGGAAGAUACAGACCUCAGAAAACAAUCUGAUCUCAACAUUUUUGCCUUAAUAGCAAUUACUUAGUUACUGUAAUUCACAGCAGUAUCUUAAAACUAAUUUGAGAGCUGAUAAAGCAACUGAUGUAGUAAAUAAUACUGAUUCAAGCAAUUGCUUAUUUAAAGUGAGAGGUUGCUUAGUAAGUGGUUUCUUCUUACUGGUUGCACAUUAAUUAAUCUCUCCUAUAUCUCUCCAGGUACCAAGGAGAAAUAGGAAAGAUAGAUUCCUUGGGUUUUGGGGUUUUUCUUACAAAAAAGAGAGAAAGGGCACUUUCCAUUGUAGGCUGUUGUCAUACAUCUCCUGAUAAAUGCAGAUGUAGAAUGGCUGCCAGUCUGUUCAGAGACAGCAUUCUGUCGGAGUCCCAGAAACAGCAAAUUUCUUACCAUUAUUGGAUGCUCUGCCAUACCCCUCACGUGAAGUAAAGCGUUACUAUUCAAAUUAAUUCUUCCAUGAAUCCCAGUGUGUUAAUUCACUGCCACAAGAAUGCUUGAAUUGAGGACCCAAGCCAUUUCAUGUUAUGGGAUGGUAUUUUUCUCAAAGCAAAUGUACAGUACUGCUAUUUCUUCUUUGUGUAGACAAGCAGCAGGUACCAAAUAAAGGACAUUUGUUUCUUGUUUUCCAGUUA